GGGCUUGCUGGGUUCAAAUGUAGGUGAGAUUAAUAAAUUUCCCUAGCUCAUCUUCCCUGUCGAAAGACAACGUGAUGAAUUCGCCUACUUUCUUCCAUUGUCCAACCAAAUUAUGUUUUGCCUGACGGGGGUUUACUUCUUUGAUGGCUGAAUUCAUAUAAGUCGCGAAUCCUUCCCCGGGAAGUUUUUGGUUUUUGGUUUACCUCUCCUCUCCCACCGUCUACCCGUCAAUUCCGACGAGCACAAAGCACUGGUGUCAACAAACAAAGCGUGUCUAACUCCCGAGUCAACAUGCGUCUGCACACUGGUCUCGCGUCCUUGGGACUUUUGCUCCCACUUGCCUCAGCUCAGAGCAAUUCGUCAGCCGGUGCUGGACCUGACGAGAACGGCUUGUACUGGAUCUAUGGCGAGGGUAUCACGGCUGCAUUUAUUACUUACGGAGCCUCGGUUUCAAGGCUCUUGAUCCACGACAAGUAUGGCGUCGAAAGAGAUUUGGUAGCUGGCUUCGACAAUGCUACUGCUUACACACUUGAUCCGGCUCAUCCUCAUCUCGGCGGUGUACCGGGCCGAUACGCAAACCGUAUUCAGAAUAGCACGUUCGAGAUUGAUGGUCAGACCUACCAUGUCGAUCCCAACGAGAACCCCACUUCAGAGGCUCCUGACGGCUCCGACACAUUGCACGGCGGCCACGAUGGUUGGGACUACCGGAAUUUCACUGUCGUUUCUCAUGCGAAUGAUAGUAUAACAUUUUCCAUCGUCGAUCCCGAUGGCAAAGAAGGGUUCCCCGGAGAGGUUGUGUCUUACAUCACGUAUACCCUCGGCAAGAUGACGUGGGACUUGAAGAUGGUAGCCCUCGCAACCACGAAGAAAACGCCCAUCAUGCUAAGCAGCCACGUUUACUGGAACCUGGACGGCUUCGCCAACAACGAGACUAACACUGCCUUGAACCACACCUUCUACCUGCCCCACAGCGGCCAGCGAGUCGGCGUCGACAACAUCCUCAUUCCCACAGGCGAUAUUGUAGCCAACAAGCAAGGAUCUGUCAACGACUUCUGGAGCACGCCGAAACAAAUCGGAGCUGACCUUAAGAAGCCUGAAGCAGAGGGGAACUGUGGUUUCAACUGCACCGGUUAUGAUACUUGCUGGCUUGUAAACCGAGGCCAAGAAGGCCCCUACGAUUGGCGCGCGGAAGGAGACUUCGUCGCGCGUCUGCAAUCGGAGUGGUCGGGCAUCCAAGUGGAAGUGUACACCGACCAGGAGGCUUUCCAGAUGUACUCGUGCAACGGCCAAAACGCGACCAUGCCGCUCAAGACGACGCAGGGCAUACACGACAACGCGGACUUCCCGCGCACGAUCCCGCAGUACGGGUGCCUCGUCAUGGAAGUUGAGGACUGGAUUGACGGCAUCAACCACCCCGAGUGGCAGCGCGGCAAGAAGCAGAUCUUCAGCCCCGGCGGAGACCCGUACGUCCUACAGGCUAGCUAUGUCUUCAGCAUCAACGACACCGCGACGUCUUAGGUAGACGGACGCGGUGCGGGUGGUAAUGAUAAUGGCGACGGCCUGAGGAGUGACGGUGCGGUAUAUAGAAGCAGCGGCUUGUU